CUACUAACUUCUCGUUGUAUACAUUUGACGUUUUAUUCAUGAUCUGUCAAGAAAACUCGGAAAAUUUUUUAAAAUAUUAUUUUCGAAUCAAACACGAUGAAUCUCAGCGCCGAGAUGGCCCUAAAAAAAGUUAAGGGGAACUUGGAGCGAAUGUUUGAUAAGAAUUUAACCGAUUUAGUUCGAGGGAUACGAAACAAUAAAGAAAAUGAGGCGAAAUACAUCUCUCAAUGCAUGGAGGAUAUUAAACAAGAAUUGAGACAGGAUAAUUUAACCGUUAAAAGCAACGCAAUUGCAAAAUUAACUUAUUUACAAAUGUUGGGUUAUGAUAUUUCUUGGGCCGGAUUUAAUAUAAUAGAGGUGAUGAGUUCGAGUAAAUUCACUUUAAAAAGGAUUGGUUAUUUAGCGGCGAGCCAAAGCUUUCACUGUGACUCCGAGUUAUUAAUGUUAACUACAAAUAUGAUUCGGAAAGAAUUAAAUUCGCAAAAUCAAUAUGAAGCUGGUUUAGCUCUCACUUCUUUGAGUUGUUAUAUUAGCACUGAUUUAGCUAGGGAUUUAUCGAAUGAUAUUUUAACUUUGUUGAGUUCGACGAAGCCGUAUAUUCGAAAAAAGGCUGUUUUAAUGAUGUAUAAGGUGUUUUUGAAGUACCCGGAGGCUUUGCGACCCGCUUUUCCUCGGUUAAAAGAGAAAUUGGAGGAUCCUGAUCCAGGGGUACAAUCAGCUGCAGUUAAUGUAGUUUGUGAGUUAGCAAGGAAAAAUCCAAAAAAUUAUUUAAGUUUAGCGCCAGUUUUCUUUAAAUUGAUGACUACAAGCACAAAUAAUUGGAUGUUAAUUAAAAUCAUAAAGCUGUUUGGGGCGUUAACUCCGCUAGAACCUAGGCUAGGCAAAAAAUUAAUUGAACCCUUAACCAAUCUAAUCCACAGUACAUCCGCUAUGAGUCUCCUUUACGAAUGCAUAAACACCGUAAUCGCCGUUUUAAUAAGUAUCUCGUCCGGGAUGCCAAAUCACGCGGCCAGCAUUCAACUUUGCGUCCAAAAAUUGAGGAUUUUAAUCGAAGACAGCGAUCAAAACCUGAAAUACCUCGGUUUAUUGGCGAUGUCGAAAAUUUUAAAAACUCACCCGAAAAGCGUCCAAGCCCACAAAGACCUAAUUUUACAAUGUUUAGAAGAUAAAGACGAAUCGAUUCGAUUACGCGCUUUAGAUUUACUUUACGGGAUGGUUUCAAAAAAGAAUUUGAUGGAGAUUGUUAAGAAAUUAAUGGUUCAUAUGGAUAAAGCGGAAGGAACGAUUUAUCGCGAUGAAUUAUUGAGCAAAAUAAUUCUAAUUUGCUCGCAAAAUAAUUACCAAUUUAUCGUUAAUUUCGAAUGGUACGUCACCGUGUUGGUGGAGUUGGCCCAAAUGGAGUUUGGAUCUAAACAGGGCCACGUUAUUUCAUCGCAAUUAAUCGACGUUUGCGUCCGAGUCCCCGCAAUAAGGAGAUUUGCCGUUGCGGAGAUGUCGCAAGUUUUGGAUGUUUACGCCUCGACGAAUCAAUUUACGAUUAUGCAAGAAGUUCUUUUAGCUGCUACCUUUUUAUGUGGGGAAUUUGCUAGCGAAUUAAAAAAUCCCGAACAAACUUUAAAAGCAAUGAUCAAAUAUAAAUCGUUACCCCAACAUAUAGAAGCAGUUUUCAUCCAAAACAUCUUAAAAUUAUACGCUUAUAUAAUGUUAUUAAUGGAGACGUCGGAGAAAUAUGCGGAAAUAAUCGAUUUAACCGACGAGGUUUUAAUAACUUUAGAGGAGGGAGUUAAAUCGGGCGAAAUUGAGGUGCAAGAACGCGCGUGUACUUCAGUUAAUUUAUUAAAAAUAAUUAAAGAAGAAAUCGAAAUUAAACAAAAAGAUUCGAAUAAAUUCAUUUUGGAUAACACCGACUCAAUAAAACCGAUUAUAAAUAAAGACGAGACUUUAGCUUCCGAAUUAAUCAUCUUAUUUUCUGGGGAAUUAAACCCAGUUGCGCCAAAAGCCCAAAAAAAAGUGUUACUUCCCGAAGGAUUAAAUUUAGAUGAAUGGAUUAACGAGCCUUGCGACACAACCGACAGCGAUUCCGAAUCGGAAAUAAUCGAAAAUCUUUUUAUUAAAGCCGAUCAUCGAUCAAACGUUCCCGUUAAAACUGAAAAAUUUCAAGCGGAGUUAACCGAAGAAGAAUUACACAAAAUUCGCGAAGCUAGGAUGUACGAACAACUCAAUAAUCCUCACUAUUUAAAAGGAAACGUAAAGAAAUCUUCAAUGAACGCCGGUGGGGGGCGUUUUAUUGGAGAUAAUGUUGAAAUUGCUGAAAAUAUUCCAAUUAAAGAUAUCGAGUUGAGUUUGCCUCUAAAAAUUGCAGGGCAAAAACGGUCGGAUAAAUAUUUAAGUUUAGAUAAGGAAAAGAGGAAGAUGAAAAAUAAGAAGAAAGUUAAAAAAAAUAGGAAGGAAAAGAUUGAAUCCUCUUCCGAUGAAAACGACAAUGACACCUCAACUAAUUUAGUCGUUAAUAGAAAUUUGGAGUUACCCGAAGGGGCUACUCUCUCGGAUUCAGAUAGUAGCCACAAUAAUCUCGAUGAUCCUCACCGAGCGCUCGACAUAGACCUAGAAUUGCCUUCUUACGACGAAUUGGAACGCAAAAAAGAACAGGAAAUUAAAGAAUACAUGGAUAAGAAGCAUAAUGAAAAGAGAUUAAAAAAACAUAAAAAGAAGGGUGAAAGAGAGAAGGAAAAAGAUUCGAUUCUUAGCGAAAAUGAAAAGAAAUUUGAGGUGGAGGAAAGCAAGAAAAACAAAGAAAAGAAAGAGAAGAGGGAUAAGAAGGAAAAGAAAGAGAAAAAAUCAAAAAAGGAAAAAGACGGUAAAAAGAAGACCAAAAAAUUGGGGAGCGAAGGCUACGAAGAAGCUGUUGGAAUCUCAACCCCGAGCAAAGAGUUUCAAAGCGAAAUUAAAUCUACUUAAAAUUAAGAAAAGUAUCAAAAUAACUUUAACUUUGUAAUAAGAAGAUUUAUUGCGGAAAAAGACGCAUUAUUAAUAAUUAUCUUAUUAAAAUAUAUUAUCUAAUUAAAAUAUAUUUAAUAAAUUAAAAUACUAAUUUAA